AUGGAGCAAGAACUGGCGAACGUCCUUACCCUCGAUCCCGAGAUGACUCUUCAGGCGGACGUCGAUCAUCUGAACUGCAAGAGUACAACCCGCGAACGACCAUCGCCUUCAUCUGAUCCCAACAAUCCUUCAUCUCUCGCUGCGACGAAUGCGAAUGAUCUAGACAUUGACUUGAACCAUCAGGAUGAUUCUGUCAAGACCUACGAUCCUGCUUCCAUCGGAAUACUCGGCACCCCGGACCUGGCGCUUUUAACCGCCCAUUACGAUGACACAACACCAUGUCAGAAAUCAGAGGAGAAGGUGCGAGACAAUUCUGUUGUCGGACAAGACGAUAUUCAUUGCGAGUCAUCGUUCUCUGUGGAGUCAUCCAAUUUCUCUGGUGCGACGAAUCCAGAGCUUUUAGCCGAUGCAGGCUUCGAAGAGUUUGGAGUGUCACAGAGACAGCUUCGCCCACAAUGCAGGCAGAAGGGGUUCACCACUACUUGGUUGGACACGGAUACGACAGGGGAUUACAAUCCUAUAGAAGACGAACGUAUGAAUCGCCUCAAACGCUCACGAGCGAGCGGCAGAAGUCGCAACCAAGCACGUUGUGGCAAUGACACAACAAGCAGCCACUCGGCCAGCAGCGGAGUUGAGAGCUCACGCGGCGUCCAAGAAGCUGUGAGUCUACCUGUGACGUUGAACUUCAGAAGUGAGAGUGGAAGACGGCUCUUCGCACGCAAAGUCGAGGCUUUUGAGAGCCAGCUUCAUUCAGAUCAGCUUGCCCAAGCAGACGCUCGAGCAGUGGUCGAAGCCCCGACUGACCAUCCAUCUCCGCAGGAACCAGGCGGCCAGGCGUCAGGCUCAAAUGUCGGUGCUGGUGGAACUCUUUGCACGAUCCGAACAUCUUUCUCCCACCCAAUCAUGUUCAACUGCGACGACGACUCGCAGAGUACUGAUAUGACACCGCCGAACGGCAACGAACUCUCAUGUCACUUCUGCACGGAACCGAGUCUCCCGUUCUUCGGCCUGGGCCAGAUUGAGACACAAGUCAUCGACCACCCUGAAGAUCCGGGCUUUGUCGAAAUGGGUGAUGGAUAUCGCUCACGUGGGAUCGAGAAUACUCGCCUCUGCGGCGUGUGCACUUUGCGUCGAAUGUGCGUGAUCGUGUGUGACAAGCACACCAUGCGACCCAGCACAGACCUUGCAGCCUUCUCGCCUGCUUCGCAGGAAGCUGCGGAAGAAAAGCUUCUCGAAGGCGAUCUAACGCCAGAUGAUGCCGAGCGAUUCUGUUCCGUGUGUACGCGCCUGGCCACCCAUGAAUGCGUCUCAGAAACUGGCGAAGAUACGCCUGGAUGCGGUCUAAGACUGUGCAAGAAUUGCGCCAUCACGCUCGAGGCCAGACACGAUGGGAACUUGAAGGGCAUGCUUGAGAGUAGCUCAGUCCGGGACACUGCCGAGGAGCAGUCACUCGUGAGAGCAGACUGUGAGCUGCUCAGGGAAGACGGUGCUCUUUUCAAGUAUAUGAGGCACCCGCAGUAG